ACGCGAAGCAAUGAACGACUACUUUACCGAGUGUCGCUAAAGGAGAACGCUCUACGUCGAUAAUGCCUUCCAUUCAUCGUUAUCCGCAGUAGCGGCGACCCAAUCUAACCUAACCUCCGUGAGAGAGCGCAUCAACGACAAAUAGAUGUGUCAACACUUCGUGUCACCAAGAAGCAGGCGAAACACGAAAAGUCUCCAGAAGAGAAGUGAUAACAUCCGCAGAAUGUCCGGAUACGCCGGCCAGGACAAUAAUUACUGGGCCCAGCCGCCGCCGCAGGGCCAGUUCAAUUUCGACGCGUCCGGUUUCGGCCAACCUAACCAACAAUUCGAGUUUCAAACGUACAGCGAGCAACCGCCUGGCGAUUACUCGUACGUGCAGAAGAGUUUCCUCGAUCCCACGCAGAGCCCCUACAGCGGCGAUCUCUUCACGCAGGAUGAUUACGCGAAAGGUAAUACUGGCUUCGGGGAGGAAGAGGACGAACCGCCGCUGCUCGAGGAGCUCGGCAUCGACCCGGACCGAAUCCUACAGAAGACCCUGGCCGUGUUGAAUCCGUUUCACAGGAAGGGGCAGACGGACGAUGCGAGCUAUCUGCUACAAGACGCCGAUCUAGCCGGACCCGUGGCGUUCUGCUUGGUCCUUGCGGCGUUCUUAUUGUUGGCUGGCUCAAAGGCGCACUUUGGCUACGUGUACGGCCUGGCUAUGACCUCUUGCAUCCUCAUGUACCUCUUGCUCUCGCUGAUGAGCAGCAGCGGCAACAUAACGCUGUCGUCCAUCGCGUCCGUGCUGGGCUACUGCCUGCUACCGGUGGUCGUCCUGGCAGGUUUCAGCGUCUUCACCACGCUGCGAGGCCUGGCGGGCCUGAUCUUUGCGGUCCUAGCCGUCACCUGGGCGGCCCUCUCCGCUUCCAGGCUGUUCUCCACCAUGUCGGGGGAACAGGAUCAGCAACUUCUCAUCGCAUACCCGUGCCUGCUCCUCUAUGGCGUAUUCACGUUGAUAAUAAUAUUUUAAGUAAGAAAUCCGGACGUAUAAUGUGCAUAUUUAUGACAUUAACACCUUUGAUUACACUGUACUUCUCGGGUCUGAGUAGGAAGAGUGGUUUUGGUCACACCUAUACCUUGGAGUGGCAACUCUGUGAUCUUGUAUAAUCAAGAGAGCGAAUUAACGUUUACGUUGUCCGUUAUUGCGCGGUUAAUAAGGGCGAACACGUCAUUGAUGACUGUGGUAACAGUCGGACAAGUAUGAUUAAUCAGUUUAGUCGCAUCACGAAUAACUUUCCGAAUUUUAUUUGGUAAACAUAUUUUCGAAGUCAUGCUUAUUCUUUUAAGAGGCAAAAAUAUUAGCGAGCGAACGUGUACUGUAGAUAUCUUCAGUUGGAGUAUUAAAUUAAGUCGAUUGUUAUACGGUUUCUAAAUAAAGUCUACGAUAUUA